AUGGUCAGCUUAGAACUUAACUCAACGCAUAUUUCUCAGGGUGUAACAACUUGCAUUGUUAAUAAAGUUGCGGAGCUCGAUCGUCGUAACUCUUACGGAUCAGAUCUAUGUCAAAAGAUACAGAAUGAGCUCACUGAAAAGGCCGAGGACACGUAUCUAUGGGUAAGCAUGGUAUGCAAGAGACUCGAGAAUGUGCAUAGGGAGAACACAUUGACUGCAAUUCAAGACUUGCCGCCAGGUUUGCAUCCUUACUAUGAUCGCGCACUUCAUGAACUCAGCAAAGGCCAGCCUGCCAUUGUGAAGGGAUGUAUGCGAUUCUUGAGAGUGAUGAUGCUGGCCUAUCGGCCUCUGAAUGUAGUGGAAGUGGAUAGCGUUCUAGGUCUGUCUAAAUAUGAUACUGCUAGAGCGCUGGUCGAUCGAUGUGCUUCAUUUUUGAAGAUGCGAGGAACUGAUAUCAAAUUUUUUCAUCAAUCAGCUCGAGACUACCUCGCUGGGGAGAAUGGAACAUCCAUACUCGAUACUAGUGAAUUAUAUGGGCAUAACGAUAUCGCAAUUAGUUGUCUAUCUUAUUUGUCUCAAAAACUCAAGACUAGUCUUGUUGACUUACCGCGACCUGAUUCAACUCGGAAAUCGAUAGAAGGGAACCAACCAAUGGCUAGCCUGGACUACGCAGCUACUUUCUGGGCACAACACCUUGAAGAUGCUAAGGGGAAGAUAUCAAUGCAAAACUCAUCUAAUGAACAAGGUGUAGUCGAUACAUUCCUCCGCUCCAAGUUUUUAGAGUGGCUAGAGUAUCUGAGUUUAUUAGACAAACUCUCACGCGCUACCGAGGCGUUAAAAAUAUUAGAAGAUAUAAUAGAUUUAGAAGAGAGCUUUUCCUUAUCGCUGCUUGUAGAGGAUGCCAUCCAUUUUUUGUCUCAACACUUCUGGACUAUAAAUAAUUGGCCGUUACAAAUUUAUAACUCUGCGAUAGCUUUCAGUCCUGAAACAAGUAUCAUAAGGAAGAUCAACCUAGAUAAGCUUCCUGCGUGGCUCAGAAAGCUCCCCCAAGCAGAAGACUCGUGGGCUUCUUCAAUAAACACGCUCACAGGUCAUUCCGACUCGGUCACAGCUAUAGCAUUCUCGCCAGAUAGCAAGCAAAUCGCAUCUGGAUCUCUUCGCGAAAUCAUCAAGCUAUGGGACAACAUAACUGGCAAUCUUCAAAAAACAUUUAUUGGUCAUUCUCACUUGGUUAGGACAAUAGUAUUCUCCCCAGAUGGCAAGCAAAUCACAUCUGGGUCUGAUGAUAAAACAAUCAAGCUAUGGGAUGCCACAACUGGUAAUCUUCGAAAAACAUUUAUAGGUCAUUCACAUUGGGCUACAGCUAUAAAAUUCUCCCCCGAUGGUAAGAGAAUCGCAUCUGGAUCUCUUUAUGGAGUAAUCAAGCUCUGGGAUGCUAUUACUGGCGAUCUUCAGAAGACACUUACAGGUCAUUCCGACUCGGUCACAGCUAUAGCAUUCUCGCCAGAUGGCAAGUUAAUUAUGUCUGGAUCGAACGAUGAAACGAUAAAGCUAUGGGAUAUCGCUAAAGCCCUUCAAGUCUCUAGAAUAUUUGGUAGCAGAGUUGGUCGUCGUAUUGAUUUCUGCAAAUGGCAAGAGAUCAAGACCCCACAAAGAGUCAAAUCUUUUAAAUUCUCUAUAGAUGGCCGCCAUCUUAUAACAAACAUCGGUCCUAUUAAUAUCAAAAACGUUAUAAAUAUGCAAAGUCCUGAUUGUCAGUCAUUACAACCCCUCUCGGUUGGACCGGAGUGGAUUUACUACGGAGCGAUGCCUAUAGUUUCUUUACCGCUGGAUAUUAAUGACCAUUGUUAUGAUACGAUAGGCGAUCAAGUGGCUAUCGGGGGUUUUAAUGGUCAAAUUUGGAAUUUUGAUAUUGAUCGUAUGAGUUUGAACUCAAUACUCAAAAGCUCAGUGACGGAAACCUCAAUUUUCCUUCCACCACUAUCGUAUGAGAAACAUCGGGUGCAUCAAUCACAAAAACACGUGAUAAGAUUAUUGCAAGAUUUAGGUCGUCCGGGGAUCAGGCCUAGUAAGGUACUAGGUAUGAAGGGUCCAUCAACCAAGUAA